GCGCGCAGGCGGCGCGGGCGCCGGCGGAGUGGCUGCGCGCAGUGCUGUGCCGGGAGGAGGUGCGGGUGGUGGUGCUGCAGACGCCGGCGGCCGCCUGUCUGUACGCGGCGCAGCUGCGCCAGCGCGGGUACACUCUCGCACGUGAGUACGCACUAUAGUGUGGGGAGAAUUACACGCUCUCACAUUACAUUAUUAACUUCUCAAAAGAUAGGUAAAAACUUGAUCCGGGACACCGGUAGAGUUAAAACUGUCACUGUCUGUGUAUGGGGCGACCGGAUAAAUUAAACAUUUAGUCAUUUGAGAAAAAUUACGGAACUAAUUUCUCGUAAUGACAACGACGAUUUCUGUGCGCUCAAAGUACGAGUAUAUUAUCGCAGUCGACGUGUAAUUUUUGACUUCAUGAUUACUCGAUUUAUUUAUAUGAUGAAAGAUAAUUUAUAACCGCAAAGGAAAAUGGUAGAUCUAAAAUACUGGAAUUAAUUUUAAAGCGACUAGUUCGCUAGAUGUAUGAUGUAUGUAAGUGAACGGUGUUGCGAUGUCAUCGAAGAUUGGAGCACCCACGAGUAUACUCGUAAUAGAAGUAAUCAGGCGGUAGCGAAGGGAAGGGGAUGGGGAAGGGGAGAGAGAUGUGAGCGGUGUGUGCGAUGUGCGCAGUUGAGCAGCCGUUGCUGGGCAGGGGCGCUGCGCCGCGGCGGCCGCACUGCGCAGACGCGCUGCUGCAGCUGGCGCUGCGGCUGAUGUGCGAGUCUGCGCACGCGCAUCGCUUCCCCUACAGAAAGUACUACGUGGCGGAAAUAUCAGGUCUGGAGGCCAACGUGGUGCCGCUGGUGACGCCGCAGCGCCGCUACCUGCUGCCCGCCGCCACCGCCCUGCUGCUGCGCGACCUGGCCGCCAGCGCGCCCGGCGCACCCCCCGCACCCCCCGAGCCCCCCGAGCAGAGGCUGGCGGAGCCGCUGGCGCAGUUCUCGCGUGCGGUGGAGGAGCUGCAGGAGUACGUGCGCGAGAACCCCGACUACCUCAACGACGAACUCAUCUUCCUCUGA